AUGGUCUUCAUCAAUGAAAUUAUGCACAUGGUAAUUAAAGAAGAUGAAGAAAAGCAAAUUUCACAAGCUUCAGCCAUAAUAAACACUGAUACGGAAUUUGAUCAAGAAGAUCAUUAUGGUGCAGAUAAUGAAUCAACAGAUUCACAACACAUGUCAAUGAUUUCUGAUGCAGCAUUCCAUGAAUUUCUGGCAAAAAUCCUAAGGAAACUUAUUGUUUUCGACAGGAACCCUGCUGGAAAAUGUCAAGAAGUCGACCCUAAAGUUGGAUCUGUUCAACGGAAAUACUGCUUUCAUGAAAUAUGCAAAAUACCACGGAACCGGUCGUUUCCGUGUCGGAUUGUUCGAUCUGGAAACCGACAACUCGCAGUUUGA